AUGCAUACUCUGCAUUUGCAGUAUCGAGAGAGGUUCCAGAAAGAGCCGCGAUCAGAUCCUGAUUUGGUAUACUUCCUGGGGGACAACCCCGACUACACAGUGAACUGGAGCGCAGUUUCACGGAAAAUACCAACAUUCCGGCGAAACGCGGCUAGCGGGAAAUUUUGGUUUCCAAGUGCUGCCCGGUGGAUGACCUGUGCAGAGAAGCUGGAUGCACUCUCGUUUCCAGUUCGGCAAGAAGUGGCGGAUGCUCUGGGUGUGCCUGUGCUGGGGACACGUGACCCGAAGCGUGCAGCACAGCUCAUAGGCAAUUGCAUGGCUUUGCAAUGCGCCGCUCUUGUGCAGCUUGUGGCGCUGUCGUGCUUUUCAAUGAAGCCUGUGGGAACCGAUAUCCCCUAG